GGGAGUUAUGAGGUAAGGCUGGUAAGGUAGCAAACAAGGGAAUUUUUUUUGUAUAUAAGAUUCGAGAUGUGACGAUGAUGUUGAAUGAUAGAUCAAGCAGAAUAUCGUGAUAUCUCUUACUCAGCUUUAAUCCUUAAUAACCACCACACUCGCUCGACAAAUAACAACAUAAUACUUAACACUCACCGCUUAAUAAUUACCCUACCAUCGAUACCAAUCAAUCAACUAUCAUCAUGCAGUUCAACACUCUUCUCGCAACUCUCUUCGCGGCCGCCACCGCUUCGGGUGCUGCCCUACCAAGAUACGCAACUUCAUUUAACGUAACUGGUUUCGCAGCAUCUUGCAUUCCUCACAGCCUCAUGUGCAACUACGAAUUCUCCGUCAUCACAGACCCAGCAUCCGCCUCACCCUCAGGCAACCCCGACCCAGCCAAAUGCUCCAUCAUGCUUCAAGGCCCGGAUAACCUACCCGCUGUCAACCUAACGGGAUGCGCGGAAGUAGGAGCGUACUCCUGGGCCGUGGCGCUCGCGCAGGGAGGCGGCUUGACGCUUAGCGUCACGACACCCCGCGAUUCUCACUCUAACUACACCGGCGAGUACGGCAUCCCUGCUACCGAGCUCGAGCGCGAGCAGCAUGAGGCGUCUGUUAUUCAGAGGUACACUGGUCCCUCGACUUUCGCUGUGCCGAUUGGUGCGCAGACUGCGUAAUGGGCGCAUCGGACUGGAGUUACCUACUUACUUAG